AUGCGCUGUUCAGGCUUCAUCGCUUUCCUCGGUCUAUUUGGAGGAGCACUAAGUGCUCCGGCCCCUGGCGCCAAUUAUACCGAGAACAACCAUGUCCUGGCAAAAUUGCAGAGACAAGCACUAGCAUCACUGAAGACUGCUGGGAGCAAUUCGACCAGUUCACAGAGCUGCAGCCUUGAGAAUGCCGCUGUGCGCAAAGAUUGGAUUGCCCUGACUCCUGAAGAGAAAAAGGACUAUAUUGGCGCAGUCCAAUGUCUCCUGACAUUGCCAUCUAAAUCAGACCCUGCUUUUGCCCCUGGGGCAAGGAACAGAUAUGACGACUUUGUUGCUGUGCAUAUCAAUCAGACCCUCUCGAUACAUGGAACUGGCAACUUCUUGACCUGGCACCGGUACAUGACCUGGGCCUAUGAGACGGCGCUCCGUGAAGAGUGUGGCUACCAGGGAUAUCAGCCGUACUGGAACUGGUUAGACUAUACAGAUGAUCUGACGAAAUCACCUCUGUUCGACGGUAGCGACACAAGUAUGAGCGGAGAUGGAUCCUACCUCGCUCACAACGGCAGCUUGUCAGGGGCCAACAACAUCUUCCUCCCCUCCGGCAACGGUGGUGGUUGCGUAACAAGCGGCCCUUUUACAAAUAUGACUGUUCAUCUCGGCCCCGUAGCGCCGGGAAUGGCUGGGUUGAAGGUCAAUCCCAGCCCUGACGGCCCGCUAGGCUACAACCCACGCUGCCUCAGCAGAGACCUGGGCGAUUACACCAGCUCGACAUGGUUCACGUCAGAAAACCUGCUGAACAUCACGAUCGGAGAUGCAUCCAGCAGUAUUGAGCUCUUCCAGAACGAGCUCCAGGGCCGCUUCGCGGACCAGUUCUUGGGGAUGCAUGCAAGUGGGCACAUGGCUGUUGGUGGCGAGGCGUCGGACUUGUUUUCAUCCAUCAAUGACCCGAGCUUUUGGUUCCACCACUCCAUGGUCGACCAGGUAUACUGGAUAUGGCAGGCUCUUCACCUCGACCAGGCGGCGACCAUAGCGGGUACCAUCACCAUUUUGAACACACCGCCGAGCCGGGACGCAUCUACCGCGGAUAUCAUUAACGUGGGCGUUAAUGCUCCCGACGUUACCAUUGAAGAUGUGCUUGAUACGCUUGGGGAAAGUCCACUAUGUUAUAUAUAUGUAUAA